CGUAAACUACUACUGUCUCGAAAGCAUAUGUCACAGUGAUUAACCCUUUGAUGCAACCAUGUACCAAUUUCAUCGGCAAACAUAUGUUUAAAAACAUACUAACGAGAAAAAUAAUACAUUUAGAUAUUUUACCAAAAUUGGAUGGGAUAGUAUAAUAUAUCGUGUUUGGAGAUUGUUAUUUAUACAAACAUAAGUGAAAUGACAUCCCGAAAUCUAACCGAAGUUUUCAUAAUAAUGCGCAAUAAUGCGUCGAAAAAUCGAAACUUGUAUUCUGAUAAUAUACAAAGUGAUGCCGCCGAACGAUUACUUGCAAAUUCUCUUCGAGAUACAGAGGAAGGUUUGGAAAUGCGAGAUGACUAUGGGACACCACCAGUAUGGAUCGAUAAACUAGAGGAGGCGCAAUACACUUUGUCAAAAAUAAAGCCAAAACUUGAUGAACUUGGGUCCUUGCACGCAAGACAUCUUUUGCAGCCAACAUUCGAUGAAAACUACGAAGAAGAAACUGAAAUUCAAAGUCUUAGCCAGGAGAUAUCAAAACUAAUAACAUCUACUCAUCGACAUAUACAAUGCAUCCGUUCAAGCCUUGGUAUAGGAACCAAGAUGGAGCAGCGGUUAACAGAAAACGUAGUGACUUGCCUGCUGCUCCAAUUGCAGGAAUUAACUUUUAAAUUUCGAAAUAGUCAAAGUGCUUAUAUAAGUCAGCUAAAUUCCCGUGAAGAGCGUUCCCAAAAAUAUUUUGAAAAUAAAGACUUCACAAAUAUUGAUUUAGUUUCUGGAUCUACGGAUGAUCGUGGCAACUAUGUGGAAACUUUUGACAAUUUCUUACAACCAAUGGCUCCAGUAUUAAAUAAAACUACUUCCAAAAUGAACCACAGCUAUUUAUAUGACGAAGCAUCUACUCAGCAGAUAGAUGAAGAUUUUCAGCGCCCUGUUUCGAAUCGUAUGACACAGCAACAGCUUUUAUUGUUCGAAGAAGAAAAUACACGUUUAGCAAUGAAUCGAGAUGAAGAGGUUGCCAAAGUAGUACGAUCAAUUUAUGAUCUUAAUGACAUAUUUAAAGAUCUUAGCCAGAUGGUGCAAGAGCAAGGCACUGUGCUAGAUCGUAUCGAUUACAAUGUGGAACAAACACAGACGAGAGUUUCUGAAGGUCUCCGACAGUUGCAGCGUGCAGAAGCUUACCAGCGAAAGAACCGAAAAAUGUGCAUUAUUAUGGUGUUGGCAGUUGUAACUUUAUUUAUGCUUAUUCUCCUUAUUUUCACAAAGUUAUAAAUGAGUAAAUAAAUUUUAGUGUUUUCAUCAAGGA